GGCAGAGCAGAGUUUUGCUGAAUAUACUGUAGUCAUAAGUAUUGUAGGCUACAGCUGUCUUGGCCCAUAGUGCAGGAGCACAAGGUGACAGGGUGAGAAAAAAAACUGUUGACUGGGUGUUUCUCUUCAGGGUAGCCAACUUACCCCAGUGUGGGAGUGCUGUCAUUGGAUAAGAGCCCUUCUCCUCGGCGGGGAAGAGCACUGUCACAGUCACAGCUUCACCUGGCUGUCAAGGUCCUUCUUUACUCCUAGACUGCUCUAUGCUCGGCUCCUCACUCGAGGCGUGAUCAGGGGACUUGGUAGGUUGGCUGCAUCUCCUGCGUCCUCCGUUGGGAUUUGAGGAGGAUGGAGACGAACCCUAUCCCGGUGGUGACGGUCCAAACCACCCCUUUCGACGACCAGCGGCCCGGUACCAAUGGUCUGCGGAGGAAGACGGCGGUGUUUGAGGGGAAGAAGAACUACCUGCAGAACUACAUCCAGAGUGUGUUAUCCUCCAUCGACCUGCGGGACCGACAGGGCUGCACCAUGGUGGUGGGCAGCGACGGCCGCUACUUCAGCCGUGCCGCCACCGAGGUGAUAGUGCAGAUGGCGGCUGCCAACGGGAUUGGCCGUCUGGUAAUCGGCCACAAUGGCCUCCUGUCCACCCCCGCUGUUUCCUGCAUCAUCAGGAAGAUCAAGGCCAUCGGUGGAAUCAUCCUCACAGCAAGUCACAAUCCCGGAGGCCCAGGUGGAGACUUUGGGGUCAAGUUCAAUGUGGCAAAUGGAGGCCCGUCUCCAGACACGGUCAUGGAGAGGAUCCACCAGGUGAGCCGGACGCUCGAAGAGUAUGCCAUUUGCCCGGACCUCCGCAUUGACCUCUCCAGGCUGGGACGACAUGAUUUUGACUUGGAGAACAAGUUCAAACCUUUCAGAGUGGAGAUUGUGGACUCAGUAGAGGUGUAUCUCCAAUUGCUGCGAAGUAUCUUUGACUUCAGCUCCAUAAAAAGUCUCCUCACAGGACCAGAUCAGCUCAAGAUACGCAUAGAUGCCAUGAACGGAGUGAUGGGCCCCUAUGUACGUAGGAUCCUGUGUGAUGAGCUGGGGGCCCCCGCUAAUUCUGCAGUAAACUGUGUCCCUCUUGAGGAUUUUGGUGGCCGACCUCCUGAGCCCAACCUGGUUUACGCCACACCGCUGGUGGAUGCCAUGAAAGGAGGGGAGUUUGGUUUUGGAGCUGCAUUUGACGCGGAUGGGGACCGAUACAUGAUCCUCGGAGAAAAUGGCUUCUUUGUGAACCCAUCAGAUUCUGUGGCCAUCAUGGCUGCCAACCUCUCCACCAUCCCCUACUUCAGACAGCACGGCCUCAGGGGCUUUGCCAGGAGUAUGGCUACCAGCACUGCCCUCGACAGGGUAGCCAAAGCCAUGAAGGUGGCACUGUAUGAGACUCCUACAGGUUGGAGAUACUUUGGGAACCUAAUGGACUCUGGCCGCUGUUCCCUCUGUGGCGAGGAGAGCUUUGGGACAGGUUCAGACCACAUUCGUGAGAAAGACGGUUUGUGGUCGGUGCUGGUGUGGCUGUCCAUCAUGGCUGCCAGGAAACAAGGUGUGGAGCAGAUUGUCAGGGAGCACUGGGCCAAGCUUGGGCGCAACUAUUUCUGCAGGUUUGACUAUGAAGGCCUCGACCCCCGAGCAGCCUUCUAUCUAAUGAGAGAUCUGGAGGCAGUAAUCUCAGACAAGGCGUUCACCAGCCAGAAAUUCGCCGUGGGAGACCACAUAUACAGCGUGGAGCGGGCCGACAAUUUUGAGUACAUCGACCCUGUGGAUGGAACUGUGGCUCGAAACCAGGGUCUAAGGAUCGUCUUCACCGAUGCAUCUCGUCUGGUUUUACGGCUGAGUGGGAGUGGAGGAGGGACGGGUGCCACCAUCCGCAUUUACGCCGAGAGCUUUGAAAGAGACCCUGAGAGACACAGCAGAGAGACACAGGUGGUGCUGGGUCCUCUCAUCGCCAUCGCCCUGAAGAUUUCCAACAUCCACGAGCGGACAGGGCGCCGUGGCCCCAACGUCAUCACCUGAGCAAACAAGAAAGCACACAUACACACACACACACACACACACAUGCAUGCACACACAUGCAAAAUGCAACCACCUGAACACCUGAUGCAAGAAAUUCAAAUGAGCUUUCCCUUUACUCUCGUGCCAUUUUCACAUCGCCUCUCUGUCACUUCUAUCUCUGUUGAGUCAGUCUCUGUUUUUGUGCCUCAUUUCUGAAAAUGAUGGGAAAAAACGUGCACUGCUGACUACUGGAGCAUGUCAGGUUCACAAGGAAAAAAAUAGUCGCACGCUCUUUUCUCACUUGUUUGUUGGCCACCGUCAUCUGUCUUAGUUGUUGAAAACUAAUAAUAUUUAGUGGCCAAGCCAUGAAGGCUAUUUAAGUCCUCUAUGAAUCAGUAAUGAAUACAAAAAGUAUAUUCCUAACAUAGCAACGAUAUUAUCUAUGAAUGUGCAAAGUGCCUUUAUGUUUGUGAGUUACAUUUGUCAAGAAUUGACUGCGGGAGCUUAAGGGCGUCGUCCGUUUUAAUUCACAGUGCUGU